AUGAUGUGGUAUUUGCGCCGUCGCUCCAGGACAAUCUGUCUGUCCUUGGCCUUCAUCACCAUUUUCCUCCACCUCUUCCUGGCACUUGUCUCUCUUUCCAUUUACCACCAGCCCUGUGACCACCCACUGCCACCCAAGACAUACAUCCUGAGAGACCUGGCACGCACCAACUACACCUCUGUGGGGAUCAGUGACGUAGCGGAGCCACCGACCGAUACUGCACAAAGAGCUUCUUCCAAUGGAGACGCCAAUAAGGAUGCCAAAGCUCAUCCCGCUUUAAUCAACACGGCAGCAAGGGUGGGACGUUAUGGCGCCGACGGAGCAGAACCUAUGGAGUCUGCGUUGUCAAAACUGGAGGCGCUGUUUGACCAUCCUCUGUACAACAUGCUCAGCCCUCCUAUCCCUGAAGAGGACUGGCUGCUGAGAGUGAAACCAAAGGUCAAGGCUAGCGAGAAGAGCUCUCAGAUGUGGGUGAGUGCCAGCCAGGACGGCUAUGAGGACGUCCAGUGGAACAGCAGCAGCAACAGUCACCCUCCCUGGCUCCGCUUCCACCUGGGCAUCUCCCGCUGGCAGCUCUACCCCCAUCGUGACCCCAACAUGGAGGCUCUGACCCAGCAGCUCGCCACGAGCCGCAUCGUGAGCACAGUGCAGAAGUCUGGGGGGACGCAACUGAAGCUGGUGAUGUCAUUUCCCAACUAUGGACAAGCUAUGUUCAAGCCCAUGAAGCAGGAGAGAGACGACGAAACCAACUACAACCUCUACUACUUCUCAGACUUUGAGAGACACAAUGCAGAAAUUGCAGCUUUUCACCUGGACAGGAUUUUGGGCUACAGGAGAGUCCCUCCUGUGGUUGGGAGGCUGGUGGACGUGGUCAAGGAGAUCAAAGACAUCACUACCGAUCGCAAGCUGGCCCGAACAUUUUUUACCUCCCCUGUGGGAAAUGUGUGUUUCUAUGGCCAGUGCUCCUACUACUGUUCAACAGAGCACGCUGUAUGUGGUAGUCCCAGGGACCUGGAGUCCUCCUUGGCUGUCAUGCUCCCAGACCUCUCCCUGGCCACGCGGAGGUCCUGGAGAUCACCCUGGAGACGCUCCUACAGCCGCAGCAAGCUGGCAAAGUGGGAGACAGAGUCAGACUACUGUUCGACGGUGAAAAAGACACCACCGUACAACAAAGGCACGAGACUGGUGGACUUCAUAGAUUUGGUCAUUCUGGAUUUCUUGAUGGGAAACAUGGACAGGCACCACUAUGAGACGUUCGAGAAGUUUGGCAACAAUACUUUUCUGUUGCACCUUGACAACGGGAGAGCAUUUGGGCGCCACUCCAAAGAUGAGCCGUCUAUCUUAGUUCCUCUAGAACAGUGCUGCAGAAUCCGUCUCUCCACUUGGCUUCGCCUGCGUCUCCUGUCUCUGCCUCAGUAUCGCCUCAGUGAUGUCAUGCGGGCCUCGCUCUCCCACGAUCCCCUUCACAGUGUGGCUCCGCUGCUCUCGGAGCCCCACCUCGCUGCUCUCGAUCGGCGUUUGCAAACUGUGCUGGAGACUGUAAGUCGUUGCCAAAAGCAACAAAGUAAGGAUGGCGGUGGUAAUGAGGUCAUCUUUGAUGACACUGCCCACUUGAAAGACAUGGUCACUUCUGCUGGAUAG